AUGUUACGUAUAAACGGUUCGAAUCAGUAUAUAAAUCCUGAGCAGGUCGAUCAGAUGGUUCCGAUAUUAGACCAAUUUUGGAAUAGCUCGAUAUCGUGGACAGAGCAGAAAGGCAGUUGGGUAGAGUUGAGUUUCACAGGUAGCGAUUUUUGGACAUACGGUGUAAUAGGUCCGUCAUACAGUUCAAUCGAAUUUAUAUUAGAUCAUCAAAGCCUCGGAACGUUUUCACAAGAACAAGAGGAUUUGGAUUAUCAUCAUCUACUAUUCGAACAGCAUAAUCUGGUAGAUGCAGAUCAUACAUUGAGAUUAGUGAAUGUUGAAGGAGAAGGAAAGAGGAUGAGUUUCGAUUAUGCUAUUAUACAGAGUGAGAAGAUGUUUGACAGUACGACUUCACUUUCCUCCCCAGCCUCCACGACGAUUCUAUCAUCAUCAUCCGAGGCAUUUUCUUCUCCUGUAGAAGCCAUUGCAAAUGCAACGCAAGGCCAAACUACCAUCCCUCUACCGAGCGAUACACCAGCACUAGCCGCUCAAAUCACCUCUCUUUCCGCUUCCAGUCAAACCGAUUCCACUCUCCCCACAUCACCUGAAGCCUCAGCCCUAUUAGCCGCAGCGGCCUCUUCAUCAGCAGCAGCCGCUUUGGCAGCUCUUUCUACACAAUACAGUCUAUCCCAGCUGGCAUCGCUGAAAGAAGUAUAUCAUUUCCGUUGGAAUCCCGCUGCAUACUUCGUCGUUAUCUUCUCUUCGAUUGUGGUAUUGGUUUUCGGAUGGUUCAUCAUCCAUACAUACCUAAAGUCAUGGGUCAAACGCAAUAGGAGUGGCACUGGCAACGAUUUGGAAACGGGUAUAGACAAUGGGAAUGGGAAGAUACGGAGCUCAGGUGAAAGGGAUAUUAUCGAUAAGAUGGCUUUGAGAAUUGGAAGUCCGAUGAACCCUAAAAAGAAUGGUCAACCGAAUUUUUAG